GAAAAAAAUUGUUUCUUUUGAAAGUUGGGGCCCUAUAAAUGUCCAAUCUCUAUCUUCUGCUCUCCUACUUGGUAAUAACGCAAAGGCGGAGCUCUGACAUGACAUCUCGCUCCAACGAAGCUAUUCCGGGUCACCCCAUUGUCCUUGGUUGUGGUCAACUUUGUUUGGAUUACUUAGUUACUGUACCGUCUUUCCCAGUUCCCGACCAAAAGAUCCGAUGCACGAGCUUCAAGGUUCAAGGAGGUGGAAACACUGGGAAUACUUUGACAUGCGCUGCUCGUUUGGGUUUGGCUUCUAGGAUCUUAGCUAAGAGCAUCUCCAAUGGUGUUAUCCACCAUUGGAAUCCUUAGUAAUAAAAUAUUUUUUUUUUUUGCUUUUUGAAUAUUUAAGGAUUUUACACUAAAAUGUAUGUACAAUGGUGUUACUCAAUAUAGAGUCCUUAGGAAAUUUUUUUUUCAUACAAAAAAUGUUCAAUUCCAUUCAUUUAUUUAGAAGUCUGAUGAAUACUAAAACAUACUAUUGAUGAUGACCAUGUAAUAAAACAGAGAAUGAGAUGCUCUGUUUUGCUAUACAAACACACAGAGAAUGGGAUUCUCUUUAACUGAGUUAAGAAAGUAUCAAAAGUUACCGUAGUUGUUAUGAUGAAAGACAUGAAGACACAAAUCAGAACCAACUCUCCAUAACCGAACUGUCUUGUCUUUAGAAGCUGAAAGAAGCAACUGCAAACACACAAUUU